GGUUGAGCCGGCGGCGCGCGCCAUGGCGGCAGAUGUGGGUUCUGUCCCUUCACCGAUGCCGGUACCAGCAGCCUGGCAGCGUCCCUACCUGAAUAUCUUCAAGCACUUCCGUGUGGAGGAGUGGAAGCGUUCGGCCAAGGAAGGGGACGUGGCCGCCCUCACGGACACGAGGCUGAAGGGAACAGUGUACCGGAUCCGGGGCUCCAACCCUGCCAGCAGUUACCUGCAGCUGCCCCGGGCUGGGUCACAGUCACUGGGGCUCACGGGGCGCUACCUCUACCUGCUCUUCAGGCCCCUGCCCCGCAAGCACUUCCUCGUCCACCUGGAUGUCACCACCGAGGAAAACCAGGUGGUUCGUAUCUCCUUCUCCAACCUCUUCAAGGAGUUCAAAUCCACAGCCACCUGGCUGCAGUUCCCCUUUGUCUGUGGAGCAGCCAAGGACUCAGCGUGUGACUCUGUGUCCCGGCGUGGCGCCUCCGGAGCAGCCCCUGCCGACGCGCGCUGGACGUGCCUGGUGCUGGACCUGCCCUCCAUCCUCUCCCUGUACCUCAACCGCCGCUACAGCCACCUCAGGGCCGUCAAGCUCUGCUCCAACCUGCUCGUGAAGAACCUCUGCACCAGCGACUUGCUGUUUGACCCGGGUGUGACCUUCUCCGAGGCCCGGCACACCGACCUGGCCUGCCGUGGGAUCGCUCCCAUGCCAAGGGAAAUGGCGUUCCCUGUGCCCAAGGGAGAGAACUGGAAUGACCUCUACGACUACAUCAGGUUCCCAUCCGAGGGGCCAAAGCUGCCGUACGACUCCAUCCAGAGGAGCUGUCCCAGUCCUGCGGCAGGUGACCAAACCUCGAAGGAGCCCGCCCGCCAGCCACCCCCACCGGUGACGCUCACCAGGGCAGUGUGUGACCGCCUGUCCCUCAUCCAUCACAUAACCAGUCCCAGAGCUGUGCCACGCCGGUCUCCUGUAAUCCCAAAAAGCAUCCCUGAGGUUCACCUGACAGCCCUGAGAGCUGUGCCUGCUGGGCACUCAGCUCCAGAGGAGAACCAGAGACCGCCCAGUGUGGGGGACACAGGGCAGCCACCAUCAGCCAUCCGUGUCUGUGCUCAUCAGAGGGGUGGACGGAGCACCCGAGCUGUCCCUGCUGGCUCAGAGGAGAGGCUCUUACCGGAUCCCAUCCUGAAGCUGAGAACAAUUAUUGGCUUUGGAGGCUGCAGCACCAAAUGGGCGCUGUGGACGCAGAACAACGCCGCGGUGGUGUAUCCCUGCCACGCCGUCAUCGUCACCCUGCAGCUCCGCACCGGCGAGCAGAGGUUCUUCCUUGGCCACACAGAUAAGGUGUCAGCGCUGACCUUCAAUGGGAGCAGCACCUUGCUGGCCUCGGCGCAGUCUGGGCCCCGGGGCGUGGGGCGCCUCUGGGACUUCCGCGCAGGCACCUGCCUCUCCGUGUUCAAAACCCAUGUCCACUCCCUCUGGUCCCUCAGCUUUUCCCGCAGCGGAGCCGUUCUGUGCGGAGUCGGGAGGGACGGGCAUGGCAAAACGUUGGUGGUGGUGUGGAACACUGCUCAGGUAACCCGUGGUGGAGGGGUGGCAGUGCUGGCCAAAGCACACACAGAUGUGGACAUCCAGGCCUUGAAGAUUGCUUUCUUUGAUGAUACCAGGAUGGUGUCGUGUGGCCGGGACAACAUCAGGCUGUGGCGAGUGCGGAGCGGGGUCCUGCACUCGUGUCCCAUCAACCUGGGCGAGUACCAUUCCCUGGAGUUCACUGACCUGGCCUUCGAGGAGGGGCCCGUGGCCGAGCAGGAGCCAGAGGACCGUGCGCUCUUUGUGUGCAGCAAGAGCGGCCACGUGCUGGAGGUGGAUUACAAGAACAUGUCUGUGCGGAGCGCGCGGCGCCUGCUGCCGGCACAGCCCCGGGAGCACAGGCAGGAGCAGGCAGGGAGCAGCUCAGGCCCUGGGAUUGCUAUAAACAGUAUCAGCAUGUCCUUGACCUUCUGUGCCACGGGAUCAGAGGAUGGCUACGUGCGGCUGUGGCCGCUGGACUUCUCAGCCGUUGUCUUAGAGGCAGAGCACGAGGCCCCGGUGAGUUCCGUCUGCAUCAGCCCCGACAGCCGCAAAGUCCUGUGCAGCACAGCUGCUGGGAGCCUGGGCUAUGUGGAUAUCCAGUCCCGGGACUACAACACCCUCAUGCGCUCGCACAAGGACGCCGUGCUGGGCUUCUCGGUGGGGGGCAUUCGGAAGCAGAUAGCAACAGUGUCUCAGGACAGCACCAUCCGAGUGUGGGACCUCGUCUCCAUGCAGCAGCUGUAUGACUUUACAGCCACAGACGAAACACCGUGUGCCGUGGCUUUCCACCCCACCUGGAAGAUCCUGGCCUGUGGAUUUGACAGUGGGACAGUGCGGACCUUCAGCUUGGCCGCCUCCAAUCUCCUGGUGGAGCACAAGCAGCACCGCGCUGCGAUCACCGGGCUGACCUUCUCUCCGGACGGCAGCUUCAUGUUCAGCUCCUGUUUGCAGGGCACUCUGGCUCUCUACAAGUGUGUGGCACAGAAGAGCCACGUCCUGAGGGUCCUGGGAAACGUGGUGGCCCAGGAUGCUGGGAGCGGCUGGGAUGCGCUGGUGGUCAGUGGGGACAGUCACCUCCUGGCCUUCGUGGGGCCCUCCAAGUACGUGGUGACCGUGAUGGAGGCCUGUUCUCUUGAUGAGCUGCUGAGGGUGGACAUCUGCGUCCUUGACGUGCACAGCACUGACUUGGACUCUGCAGUGAGGCUCUGCUUUGGUCCUGUGUCUCGGGGAGAGCUCCUGGUAUCCACCUCUUCCAACAAAAUCCUCGUGCUCGAUGCGAAAACAGGACGACUGGUGCGAGAGGUGUCCCCCAUGCACAAGCUGACCUGUUCUUCCUUGGCACUGAGCAGGGAUGGCCAGUACCUGCUCACUGCUGGUGACAAGGUUAUCAAAGUGUGGGACUAUCGGAUGCGCUUCGAUAUCAACUUCCAGGUGUACGUGGGCCACUCGGAGCCCGUGCGCCAGGUCGCCUUCACCCCGGACCAGCAGCACGUCGUCAGUGUUGGAGAUGCCAUCUUCCUCUGGGAUUUCCUAGCUCCAGUUGGAGCAAAGUCACCCCCAGCCAGGGCUCGUUCCCCCGCAUCUGCUGGGCUGCCACGACCAGAAGGCAGCUCUGAGAAGCCAAAGGAUGUCUCUGAGACCCCUCGGCAGACAGUGCCUCUCCCAUUGCUGUCCUCACCCCCGUGUUUGGAUGUCAGCUCUGCCCACCAAGCAGGGUAUCAAGGUAUUUUCUCUGAGUUGGAUGAAGAGGAGGAAGCAGAUCUGCCAGGCAGCAGCAGGAUGGGGGCAAACAGAGACAAAGAUGCCUCAGUCUUUGUGGUGGAGUCAGACAGGAGCAAGGAGCUUGCGAGGCCCAAAGUGAGGCAGGAGAGCCCAAGGUCUCCUGAGAAAUCAACAAAUGAAGCCAGGAAGGGAACCAAAACUCCCAAGUCCCAGUGCUCCGUCCGCCCGGAUUCCUACCGGCAUUUCACUCCUCGCUUCAAGGCAUCGGUGCUCCCCCAGAAUUUCCUGUCUCCUCCAGCAGGCAGUGAGGUCUUGAAGCUGAAAGCAGUGAUCGGCUACAAUGGAAAUGGCAGAGGGAAUAUGGUGUGGAACCCAGAUACAGGCUUCUUCGCCUACUCCUGUGGCUGCAUCGUCGUGGUUGAAGACCUGCACUCGGGGUCCCAGAACCACUGGCUGGGCCACGCCGAGGAGAUCUCCACGCUCGCCCUCAGCCACGACGCCCAGGUUCUUGCCUCUGCCUCAGGGAGGAAGGAUGGAGACUCCCACUGUCAGAUCUGCAUCUGGAGCAUCCCGGAUGGGGCCUGCACGGCAGAGCUCUUCCACCACGAGACACAAGUGCAAGCCAUGGCAUUCUCUCGGGAUGACAGGUUCCUUGUCACCAUAGGGGACUACAGUGACCAGACCAUUGCUUUGUGGAGCACCUACACUUACCAGCUCCUCCUGUCCACUUGUGUCUCGGAGCCAGUUCACGACGUGGCUUUCAGCCCUGUGUCUCACCAAGACCUAGCCUGUGUGGGGAGAGGAGCCGUGAUGUUUUGGCUGCUGGAGCAGCAGGGAGCUGCUGUCAACCUCAAGGUUCAUCAGGCCCCUGCCCCAGACGUGCUGGGGCUGGUGGAGCUCACGUCCCUCUGUUAUGGGGCCAACAAUCUUCUUUACAGUGGGACCAACUCAGGCCAGAUCUGUGUGUGGGACACUGAGAUCAAUUGCUGCUUCAUGACGUGGGAGGCCGACGAGGGCGAGAUUGGUGUGCUGCUGUGUCGGCACGACCGGCUGCUGAGCGGCAGCAACACGAAGCGCAUCCGCCUGUGGGCAGUGGGCAGCGUGCAGGAGCUGAGGCUGAAAGGGCCCGAUGCCAGGUCCAGCUCAGUCCUGCUGGAGCACGAGAUCACCCUGGAUGGGACGAUCGUCAGCGCAGCCUUUGACGACUCCCUGGAGAUGGGCAUUGUGGGCACCACGGCAGGAACCCUGUGGUACAUCAACUGGCUGGAGAGCACCAGCAUCCGGCUCAUCAGCGGCCACAAGAGCAAGGUGACUGAGGUGUGCUUCAGUCCUGACGAGACUCACUGUGCCACGUGCGGGGAGGAUGGCAGCGUGAGGAUCUGGGCUCUGAGCAGCACGGAGCUGGUGGUCCAGUUCCAGGUGCUCAACCAGAGCUGCCAGUGCCUGGCCUGGAAGCCUCGUCCCGUCGGGGUGUGGGGAGCUGAGAACCAGCACGUGGUGGCAGGGUACAGUGACGGCACCAUCCGUGUGUUCAGUGUUUCCAGGACAGAGAUGGAGCUGAAAAUGCACCCCCACAGCGCUGCACUGACAGCAAUCACCUACUCCACAGAUGGAGAAAGGAUCUUAUCAGGGGGCAAGGAUGGGCUGGUGGCUGUGAGCAGCCCUCGCACUGGAAUGACUAUCCAUGUCCUGGCUGACCACAAAGGCUCCCCCAUCACUGUUCUCCAGUGCACCAGGAAGCAGUACCACGACUUCGGGGUGGAAGGUGGGGAGCUCUGGCUGGCCACGAGCUCGGACCGCCGGGUCAGCGUCUGGGCCUCCGACUGGCUCCAGGACAAGUGUGAGCUCCUCGACUGGCUCAGCUUCCCAGCUCCUGCUGACCCCGAGGGUCUCGACCUCCCUCCCAGCCUGGCUGCAUUCUGCCCUUGGGAACAAGGUGUCCUGGUCUACGUGGGGUUUGGGCUGCAGGAGGAAGCCUUGUUCUACAGUCUGCGCAAGAAGCAGGUGGUCAGGAGAGUGUCCUUGCCAGCCUUUGCCACCUCGCUCAGCCUGUCCCCGGCCGCGCCCUUCAUGGCCCUCGGCUUCCGUGCCCAGGUGGGGAAGACGUCCCUGAUCAUGGCCCUGGUGGGCGAGGAGUUUCCAGAAGAGGUGCCCCCCCGGGCGGAGGAGAUCACGAUCCCGGCCGACGUCACCCCUGAGAAGGUCCCCACACACAUAGUGGACUACUCAGAGGCAGAGCAGACAGAGGAGGAGCUGCAGGAGGAGAUCUCCAAGGCCAACGUGGUCUGUGUGGUGUACGAUGUCACCAAGGAGGCCACCCUCGACAAGAUUCGCACGAAGUGGAUCCCCAUGGUGAACGGAGGGCUUGAAAAGGGAUCCAGGAUCCCCAUUAUUUUAGUGGGAAAUAAGUCUGACCUGCAGAUGGGCAGCUCCAUGGAUGUCAUCCUGCCCAUCAUGAACCAGUUCUCGGAGAUUGAGACCUGUGUGGAGUGCUCUGCCAAGAACCUCAAGAACAUCUCCGAGCUCUUCUACUACGCCCAGAAAGCUGUGCUGCACCCCACUGCCCCGCUCUACGACCCGGAGGAGAAGCAGCUGAAACCCACCUGUGCACGAGCACUGACCCGGAUCUUCAACCUCUCGGACCAGGAUAACAACCAGAUCCUUAGUGAUGACGAACUCAACUACUUCCAGAAGUCCUGCUUUGGAAACCCACUGGCUCCACAGGCCCUGGAGGAUGUGAAGAUGGUUGUGUGGAAGAACACGACAGACGGGGUGCAGGACAAUGGCCUGACCUUGAAUGGCUUCCUCUUCCUCAACACACUCUUCAUCCAGAGGGGCCGGCACGAGACCACCUGGACCAUCCUGCGCCGCUUCGGCUAUGACGACGAGCUGGAGCUGACGGAUGAUUACCUGUACCCACAGUUCCGCGUGCCCCCCGGCUGCUCCACGGAGCUCAACCACUUGGGAUACCAGUUCCUGCAGCGGCUGUUUGAGAAGCACGACAAGGACCAGGACGGAGCCCUCUCACACACAGAGCUGCAGAACUUCUUCAGCGUGUUCCCCUGCGUGCCGUGGGGCCCCGAGCUCUCCAACACGGUAUGCACCACUGAUAAAGGCCUGCUUUCCCUGCAUGGAUUCCUCUGCCAGUGGACGCUCGUGGCCUACCUGGAUGUGCGGCACUGCCUGGAGUGCCUGGGCUACUUGGGCUACCCCAUCCUGUCGGAGCAGGACUCCCAGACGCAGGCCCUCACGGUGACCCGGGAGAAGCGGAUUGACCUGGAGAAAGGCCAGACCCAGAGGAACGUGUUCCUGUGCAAGGUGCUGGGAGCCCGGGGCGCAGGCAAGUCCGCCUUCCUGCAGGCCUUCCUCGGCAGGAGCCUGGCGGCCCAGAAGGAGAACCCGGGACAGCCGUCCCCCUACACCAUCAACACGGUGCAGGUCAAUGGCCAGGAGAAAUACCUCAUACUGUAUGAGGUCAGUGCCGACGCGACGUUCACGAAGCCGUCGGACACAGCCUGCGACGUCGCCUGCUUCAUCUACGACCUGAGCGACCCCAAAUCCUUCAGCUACUGUGCCACUAUUUAUAAGCAGCACUACAUGGACAGCCAGAUCCCCUGUGUCUUCGUGGCCUCCAAGGCGGACCUGCCAGAAGCCAGCCAGCAGCCUGGGCUGACCCCAGCUGAGUUCUGCUACAAGCACUGCCUCCCUCCACCCUUCCUCUUCACCUGCCACUGCCAGGGACCACCCAGCACUGCUGUCUACACCAAGCUGGCCACUGCUGCCACCUUCCCCCACCUGAAUACCGUGGAGUUGGGAGUCGCAUCCUUCUGGCUCCGGGUGGCGCUGGGGGCAGCAGUGACGGCGCUGGUGGGGUUCGCACUGUACCGUGUGCUGGCCAAGAACAAAUGAGAGCCACUCUCCACCCCAUCCCCCUGCAACACCAGCUCCCUGUCCCCAGCACACCCUGGUGAGAGGCCGUGCCUCAAGCUGGUCCCUGGUAGGAAAUCCUCCUUUUCCCCCAGCCUGGAUUGCAGGGCCAGUGGAACCAGACCUCCCAGCACCAGCAGGACAGAUCCCUGGCACCAGCCAGCAUCACCCUGUGGCCUCCUGGCUUCCCUGGCACCAGGGCAGGCAGCUCUGCUGGGGAUCUGCCUCACCAGCAGCUGGAGGAUCACCCUCAGCUUUUAUUCUGUUAAAUUUUUUUAACGUUUGUUUUUAAGCUCAAACAUGAGUGUUUCAGCGUCUGUUGGGCCGGGCACGUCCCCUCCCCAGAGGGCUGUGCUGGUGCCCUCAAUUCUGUGGGGGGGGGUCAAUGCUCUCAGAGCCCCUGGGAGCUCCAGCAGCAGCUGAGCUGUCAAAUGAGCUCAUGGCUCCAGCUCCCUGGGGCAAAUCUCCUUCUCCUGUCCUGGUUUCCCUCAGCCAGUGCUGGGAAAGGCAGCUGGGGAUGGAGGGCCAGGCACUUGGAGCCCCCAGCCCUGGUGUUUUGGGGUCAGGCCUGGCCCCUGUUGCUGAGAUGCAGUGGCUGCAGCCCUGGGCCGUGAGGGGGGACAGUGAUACCCAGGGUCUGUCCCAGCCUCCUUUGUUUUGUUUCUGCACAAUAAUGUUGUGAGUCCCGCAGCGUGCUGGGCUCUGGGUCCAUCUGCCCUCCUUUCCUGCCGCCUGCCCGUCCUGUCCCCACCCCUGCCCUGGCCACCAGUAUUCAUGGCCACCAGUAUUCACAGGGCUCUGGGAGCCCUGGUGAGGGUUGUGAGGGCAUUGGGUGCCCACAGUCCUUCCCUGGCAGUGCCAUCACUGAGCUGGUGCCACGCUGUGCCCUACAGCCCACGUCCUGGCAGGGCCCUGUCCAGAGUGAGGCUCCUGGUACAACUGGAAGCUCCUUUCCCCUGUCCCCUGCCUGCACCUGAGCUGGCAUCAGCUGCUGGGGCUGAGCUCAGCACCAGUCUGGGGUCAGAGCUCCACAGUGCCCGUCUCCCAGUCCCAAAGAGCAAGGCCAGCACCCAUCCCUGGGCUCCUGUCCCUCCAUGGGGAGCCUGGAUGAGCCCCUGGCUGAGUGACACCAGCCUGGGCUUCCCCAGCACACUCAGGGUCGGUCUCUUUGCAGGCAGCUGGGUGGGGGCAGCUCUGAGAUAGCACCUGGAGCUGCUUUUUAAUGUGUUUUGUCUAUUUAAACGUUUUACUGUGGCCUGGAGCCAGUCAGGGGCAUGAGAGGUGCCACCAGCAUCUCUCACGGGGACUGUCCCAGAGUGGUGCCCACGGUCCCCAGCACUGGCCAGCUGGGAGGUCCCUGCGUGUGCCAGAGCUGCUGUGCCAGUCGGGCAGCCACGUGCUGCUGGCCUCUGGUUCCUGGCACUGCCAGGGCCGUGUCCCUGCUGUUUCUUUAUCCCUCUCUGUGCCCACCGCCUAUGGCUCUGCCACCCCGGGCCCGUGCCUGGUGUCUGUCCCUGCUCCACGUCUGCUGGAGCUGCAAUAUUUUAGGUUUGUUCUCUACAACAAAAUAAAUUUUUACACACCU